AUGUCUGAGGUGGCGGCGAUGGCGGGGCAGGCGUACAUGAGACAGCUCUCCAAGCACCCUCUCCGCACCAAGGCCAUCACCUCCGGGGUGCUGGCCGGCUGCAGCGACGCCGUCGCCCAGAAGAUCUCCGGCGUCAAGAAGCUCCAGCUCAGGAGGCUCCUCCUCAUAAUGCUCUAUGGAUUUGCAUACGCAGGACCAUUCGGUCAUUUUUUCCACAAGCUUAUGGACAAGAUUUUCAAGGGACAGAAGAAAGGAAAAGAAACUACAGCCAAGAAGGUCAUAGUGGAGCAGCUAACUGUAUCACCAUGGAACAAUAUGAUGUUCAUGAUGUACUACGGUCUGGUAGUUGAAGGGAGGCCAUUCGGGCAAGUAAAGAGCAAGGUCAAGAAGGACUUUGCAAACAUCCAAUUGACAGCUUGGAAGUUCUGGCCAAUAGUUAGCUGGAUCAACUAUGAGUACAUGCCACUCCAGCUCCGAGUUCUUUUCGCCAGCUCCAUUGCAUCAUGCUGGGCAGUGUUUCUGAACCUGAAAGCAGCAAGAUCCAUUGCCGGCGCUAGUAAGAAUGCAUAA